AUGAGCAUCCUUAAGGGUGCGCUGGAAAGGCUUCUUGCCGAGGCUCAAUCAUCAAAACAAAAGGAACUUGAACAAGUUUGUUCAACAGCGGUAGAACAACUAUUACAAGAAAUAGACACAGUCACAAAAGAAAAUGCUUCGAUUGAAACAAACUUAAAAGAUAAACAAGACAGAACUGAAAGUUCCACUACUUCGAACUUAAACGGUGGAAUAGUGACUAGUGAAACUAGCGAAAAGGAGGGAAAAACAAAAAGUAGUUCGUCACCGGGGAAAUCAAUUGAAAACGCUUCUCCUAGUGCUAUUUCUAGUGGAAAUGGACGAGUAUCCCUUUCUAGCAGUUUAUUCGCACGUGCUGGAGAAGAUUUACCGAAAAUUAUGGCCGAUAAUUAUUGGCAACCAUUUAGAAUUGCUUGUGGUAACUCAAUGCCAAAUAAUAUAAGAAAUUUAGCAUUAGAUUGCUUACAAAAGGUUAUUGCCCACGGACUUUUCAAAGGAUCAAAUCCAAUCGCACCUCCAAAGAACGUACAAAUAAAAAAGAAAGAUCAAAAAAUAAAAAAUAAUGGUGGUUUUAGUGAAACAAAUAAUAUGUCAUAUAUUGAUAUAUCUACACCUUUUGAUAAUAAAGAGUCAAAUGGAAUCGAAGAAAAUAAUUUAUCUAAUUUCCCUAAUCCUGCCCGAUUAAUUGAUGAUGUUGUCCAUACUGUUUGUAUUGGUUUUAUUGGUCCUCAAACCGACCAAACCGUUCAACUUCAAAUAUUAAAAGUGUUACUUACACUUGUUACUACUGAACAAUGUCCUGUUCAUGGAAUUAGUUUAUUAAAAAUUAUUCAAACUUGUUGCAAUAUCUAUUGUUAUUCAAAAAGUAUGGUAAAUCAGGCAACUGCAAAAGCUGAAUUAACUCAAAUUUCGAAUGCAAUUGUUGCUAGGUGGAAAGAAUUUUCUAUUGAAUUAUCAAAACAAGAAGUUUCAAAAAAUGUUACCACUCAUGGAAUAAUUUCAAAAGCUGAGCAAAUUAAUAAAGUGAUAGAAGGUCCUUUGGAAAAAAAAGGCCUUAAUGAAAAUCAUCCUUCAAAUUCUUCCAUAAAAGAUGAGAAUUAUAGCGUUGAAGCUUUUGAAUCGGAUUCAAUCACAAAUUCAAAAUCAGUAAAUAUAAAUGGUGUGAGCAAAUUAUCCGAGGAAUCGUCAGAAGUCAUCAUAGAUACUAUUACAGAAAAAGAAAUUGUUAAUGAAGAAUCUAACUCACAAGAAAUUAAUAAUGAAAUAAUUGAUGAGAAAAGAGUUAAUGAAAAGGACGAUUCUUCUGAAGAAUUUAAUAAAUUAGAAAAUGAGGAUACAAAAGAAAAUGGAAUUGCUCAGGUUACGCAAUCUGAAUCAUCUAAUGAUGACAAUACACAGAUCGAACCUUUAAAGAGGAGGAGAUCAUCUUUAGCAUCCAAAAAAGAACUCAAAAUCACAAUACCUCCCCUUAAGGCUGGAAAGAAAUUAAGAGAAAUACGUCAUCAAAGAGACGCGUCUCGUAAUGCAUUGAAUGUCUUACGUAAAGACCUUUAUUUAACCUUUAGAUUAUUUUGUCGACUUUCUAUGCGAUCCGAAUCAAAUGAAAAUUCUCAAAAUGAAGAAAUAAAUCUUCGUGGUCGCUCUUUAGUUUUAGAACUAAUUUUAUCUAUGUUGGACAAUUCUGGACCAAUUUUUCACACGGAUGAACUAUUUAUUAAUUUAAUUCGCCAAUCUCUAUGCGUUUCAUUAUCACAGAAUGGAGUAUCAUCUAAUGAACAACUUUUUGAACUUUCUCUUUCCAAUUUUUUAAUGUUAUUACGAUAUUAUCGUGCACCUCUGAAAACAGAAUUAGAGGUAUUGUUUAGUGAAAUUUAUCUAAGGUUCUUAGAUAUGUCAAAUGCGACUUAUCAACAAAAACAUUUAGUAUUACAGGGCCUAAUGAAAAUUUGUCAAAAACCGCAAAUUUUGCUAGAUAUUUAUUUGAAUUACGAUUGUGAUUUUUCAAUGGCUAGCGUGUUCGAACGUAUAGUAACUUCAUUAUCUAAGAUUUCGCAAAUUCGCACAAAAGUUCCAAGUGGAUCGGCAAUGGGUAAUUUAAUGGAUUUGGAAAGAAAAAAUGGUGUAAAGACUCCACAAACUUCUCGUAAUCCCUCACCUGAUUUUUCAGAAGACAAGACCCCAGUAAUUUUUUCAAAAAAUCCUUUACUUAAUGUAAAUUUUUCUACAUUACAUGCCAAUUCUAGUGGUAGUAGUAUAGGCAUAGAAGAUUAUGAGGAUAAUCCAGCACAAUAUCAAGAAAUAAUGUCGCGUAAACAGACUUUACGUGAAGGUAUUAAAUUGUUCAACACAAAACCACUUAAGGGACUUAAUUUCUUAUUAGGAAAUGGUUUCCUAAAAAAUGAUACCGCUAGCAUAAUAUCUUUCCUUUCUUCAACUCCUGGUCUAAAUAAGGCAGCUAUAGGAGAAUACUUGGGUGAAGGUGACCCAGAAGCAAUCAAAAUAAUGCAUGCCUUUGUGGACCGAUUAGAUUUUACGGGAUUAGGAUUUGUUGACGCCUUGAGAAUAUUUUUACAAACAUUUCGACUUCCUGGCGAAUCUCAGAAAAUUGAUCGAAUUAUGGAAAAGUUUGCUGAUCGUUAUUGUGAAAAUAAUCCAGAUGUCUUCGCAAACGCCGAUACUGCAUAUAUUCUCGCAUAUUCUGUUAUCAUGUUGAAUACCGACCAACAUUCGGCACAAGUUAAAAGACGUAUGGAUAAAUCUGAAUUCAUAAGGAACAAUCGAGGUAUUAAUAAUAAUAAUGAUUUACCUGACGAAUUCCUGGGUAAAAUAUUUGAAGAGAUUGCUAAUAAUGAAAUCGUUAUGGAGGAAGAGCAAAUAUCAGAGGUAGCAAAAACUGCAAUUAGUCAUGCAAAUGAUCGUGAACGUCAAGAAUUAUAUGAAAGAGAAAUUUCGCAAAUGCAAAAGAAAAGUCAGGCGUUGCUAAAGAGUAACAGGGAAGGUCAUGCACCAGCUGUUUGGCGAAGUGCUUCACACGCAGAUCAUGUUAAGCCAAUGUUUGCAAUUGUAUGUUGGCCCUUAAUGGCUACUCUUAGUCUUAUUUUCGAAGACGCUUAUACCAGUGGAAAUUUUAAAGCAGCAGAGUUUAUACAAGCUAGCCAAGAAUCAGUUGAGCUUUGUCUUGAAGGAUUUCUUGGUGCUAUUAGAAUUAGUAGUAUUUUCAGAAUGGAUGUCGAAAGAGAUGCCUUCGUGUCUUCAUUAGCUAAGUUAACGGGUUUAAAUCAUGUCGAUGAAAUGAGGUCGAAGAAUGUAGCAGCUAUAAAGACAUUACUCACCGCUGCUAAUUCUUAUGGAGAAGGUUUACAAUCCUCUUGGCUUAUUGUUCUAAAGACAGUAUCUACAAUGGAACGUUAUCAGCUUAUUGAUAGUUCAACGGGAUCUGUUAUUUACACUGCAGAAGGUGUAAGUGGAUUGGAUUAUUCUUCUCAAAAUAAUAAAAAUUCUUUGCCAUCUUCUACAAGUUUUACAGGUCCUUCAAGUACUUCAUCGUCUACGACAUCUGCUCCACAUCGUCAGAGUGUUAAUAGAACGCGUCGUAGUUCUCUAGGGGGUGUUAUGAAAGAAUUUCAAUCACAAAGUACUAUAAUUGCUAUUGAUCGAAUUUUUACCAAUAGCGUCAAAUUAAGUGGUGAUGCAAUUGUUCACUUUUUCAAUGCAUUAUGCUCGGUUUCUCUUGAAGAAGUAAAUUCUUCAAGGACGUCACCGAGAAUGUAUAGUUUACAGCGUAUUGUCGAAAUUGCAUAUUAUAAUAUGUCAAGAAUUCGGUUUGAAUGGACACAAAUUUGGAAAAUUCUCCAACCUCAUUUCAAUACUGUUGGGUGCCAUCCUAAUAACAUCGUCGCUAUUUUUGCUAUUGAUUCUCUUCGACAAUUAAGUAUGAAAUUUUUGGAAAGAGAUGAAUUGUCCCAUUAUAACACUCAAAGCGAAUUUAUGAAACCUUUUGAGCACAUAAUUAAAAAUAAUCCUUCACCCAAUAUUCAUGAUCUUAUUAUACAAUCAUUUAUUCAAAUGAUUUCUGCUCGUGCAAAAAACAUUAAAUCUGGUUGGAAGAGCAUAUUUGUUGUUUUCGGUCGUGCUGCAUCUGAUGAAAACCCUCAAUUAGUAGAAAAUACUUUUGGUGUUGCUAGACUAGUCUAUCAAAAGCAUUUAGAUCUUAUAGGAACAGCGUUUGUUGAUUUUGUGAAUUGUGUUGUGGAAUUUGCCUUUAAUGCAAAGGAAGAGGAACUUGUUAAUGAGGCGAUAAGAAUGUUACAAGGAUGCGUUAAAGUUUUAGUAAAGGAUGUUGAUAAUACGUCUGAAAAAACUGAAAAUAAACAGAAUGUUAUGAUGGUUAUACCAUCAAUUUCAGAACAAUCUACGCUUCAAAAAAAGAAAUUACAACAUAUUGAAGAAGAGCAAUUCUUUUUGAAAUGGUUUCCUGUUGUUUCAGGACUAUCUCGCUUAGUUAUAGAUUCUGAAUCUCAAACUGUUCGAAACAGAGCAUUAGAAGCUCUUUUCGAUAUAUUAAAAUCUACAGGACAUUUGUUCGAAAUAAAUUAUUGGAUAAAGAUUUUUAGAAAUGCUAUAAUGCCUAUAUUUGAAGACCUUAAAGAGCCAACUCCAUCACAACAAACGUCUUCAGCGGUAGAUUUUAAAAGACGUGAAUCUACAGCAGAAGUUUGGAUUCAAACAAUAAGGUUGAUGGUAGACCUUUAUGCUCGGUUUCAUGAAAUAUUUGUUACAAAUCAUGAAUUCCUAAUAGAACUAUUAGAUUUACUCGUGGCACUUCUUAAACGUAGAAAUGAAAAAUUAGGACAGACAGGUAUUCGAUGUUUCCACAAUUUAAUUGCCAGAAAUGGAAUUCGUUUUGAUGGAGUUACAUGGGGAAUAGUAACUACCACGCUUGAAGAAAUUUUCAAAUGGACCACACCAAAAGAACUUUUGGAAGUUGAUACAGUUGCAUCUACUGAAAUUGGGGAUAAUAACAAGGACGAGAUAAUUAGUGCCAAAUUAAGUCAUUUAGAGAACGGCAAUCAUGUUCCAAAUGGUUCUUCCUAUGAAUCGGAAAGAGACUCUGUAGAUUCCAUCACAGUUGAAGAUCCAUCUCUUUCCCCAUAUUCAACUUCUCAGGUAACAGCUAUAACUACAAAGGUCGAUAUUGAUUUUCCUCAUGCAAUUAUUAAAUGUGCAGCACAACUUAUUGCCAUUCAAUCAGUUCAAGAUCUUGCUCUUAACGAUACAGCAAUGGCAUGGUCAAAAGAACAUGUUCAUUAUCUUGCACAAAUGCCAGCUGAAUAUCGAAAUCGAUGGUUGAGAUGCCUCUAUGUCUCUUAUAAAUUUGCACAUAAUUUCAAUGCAAAUCACGACCUUCGACAUGCAUUAUGGAGAGCAGGAUAUGUUCAGCAAAUGCCCAAUCUUACAAAACAAGAAACAUUAGCAUUAUCAGUAUUUCUUUCAAUUCUUUAUGAUUUAUACCGAACAUUUGGUGAUGCAGAUCAAGAUCUAUUGCCACCACUCGUAGAAGAAUCAACAAAAGUUCUUGAAAGAUUUAUCCGAUUAAUCAAUGAACCAGCGUCUAGUCAACAACAGCGAGAGAUGACCAGUUGGUCACCAUUGGUAAUAACUGUACUAAGAGAAUUAUGUAAAACGAAAUGGGAUGAUGGAAGACGAGAUAGUGAUACUGAUUUGUUUGAUGAUGAUGCUGGCGAAAUACAUGAUUCAAAAACUACAAGAUUAGUUGGAUUAAGAAAACAAAUACCAGACUUUUAUCGGUUAGCAAUUAAGAUAAUUGGUGUGGAUAAAUCAGAUGUUAGAGUUGCGUUACAAGAGUUUUUAGAAAAAAUCGGAAAUGAAUUUUUAAAUGUUGACAAAUGGGAUAAUUAA